AGUCCUCACCCGGCGCGCAGGUUGAUUGUUCGGACGCUUCUUGGGCUAUAAGAGUCGGAGAGAAGACUUGAAGAGUUUAUGGAUAGUCAGAAGGAGGGAAAUAAAAACAGCGUUCAUUGCGAUAUCAAGGAUAAUUUAGCACGUUCACUUUGUUUAUUGAUUGACUUUGGAGAGAGAGAGAGAGACUCGAGAAGACCUCUUGAAUUGCAGUGAAUCUUCGGGAUAAGCAUUUCCUGUUAAUUAAAGCAUCGUCAACAGCAAUCCGUCAACCGAAAUGGCUUCCGAACAGAAGGCGAGGCCGGGGCGCUGCGCUCGGAUCCGCGGCGCCCUCCGCAACGUGACGGUGGAGCCGCUGAUGCUGCUGGACGGCGUGGCCUUCUCCAGCGUGCACGUGUACAUGGAGAACCUGCAGAUGGAGCGCGUGUGCCGCGUGUCCGCCGGCCUCGCCGCCGACGUGUGCGGCGCCCUCAGGGAGCACCCGCAGGCCAGCGUGGAGGUGCAGCGGCGGUUCAGCGUGUUCGCCUUGUACAACGGCGUGAUCGCGGCGGCGCUGCCCCUGUUCUUCAUCCUGUUCAUGGGCGCCUGGAGCGACAGGUACGGGCGCAAGGUGCCGCUGGCGGCGGUGCAGCUGGGCCACUGCCUGCACGCGGCCGGCUACCUGCUGGUGGCGCUGGUGCCGUCGUGGCCGCCCGAGGUGCUCCUGCUGGUGACGCUGCUGGACAGCCUCGGGGGCGGCGCCGUGUCGUUCCUGACGGCCGCCAACGCCUACGUGGGCGACGUGUCGAGCGAGGAGGCGCGCACGUCGCGGGUGGGCUUGGCCAACAGCCUGUGGUUCCUGGGCGGCCCCGUCGGCACGCUGAUGGGCACCUACAUCUACUCGCACGGCGGCUACCUGUACCUGUUCGGGACGUCGCUGGCGCUGUCGGCGCUGGCGGUGACCUACGUGAUCGCCUUCCUGCCGGAGAGCCACGGGCCCUUCGCCAGGCGGCCCGCGGCGCAGCAGAAGGAGCUGGAGGCGGGGGAGAGCGCCGAGGGCGCCGCCGAGGCGCGGGUGACCGCCGCCCAGAUGGCCAGGGACUUCUUCAGCCCCCGCCGGAUCGUCGACAGCUUCAGGUCGACCCUGAGGCGCCGCGAGGGCAACGCCAGGGCCCUCAUCCUGGUCCUCAUCUUCACCAGCCUCCUCAGAAGGGUCACGCGCUCACCGUACGUGUUCGCUUUCACACGCCACGUGUUGGGCUGGGAGGCCGUCGACUACAGCCUCUGGGUCACCUACAAGAACUUGAUUGCCACCGUCGGUUCCUUAGUCGCCGUGCCCCUGCUCAGCGGACGCCUUGGAGUGUCAGACAGCGUCCUAGCGAUGGUGGGGGCGACGUCGGGCAUCGUCGAAUACAGCACGUACGGCUGCGUCUCCGAAGAACAGCCUCUCCUCAUCUGGAUCGCACCCGCCGCAGCGCUCCUCCUGAACUCUUGUACCAUCGCCCAGCGCUCCAUGCUGACCAAAUUCGUCCCGAGCGAUGAAGUCGGCAAAGUGUCCGCCGUCCUGGGCGCCCUGGACGGCCUGAUGCCCAUGGUGAACUCCGCCCUCUACACCGCCGUCUACCACGCCACCGUCAGCGUGUUCCCGGCGGCGCACUUCUUCCUCGGGGCCUCCGCCAGCGCCCUCAUGAUGGCCUUCUUCUGCAUCAUCAUCACGAGCGCCAAGUCUCGAGAGUACGACAUGGAGAGCGCCAAGUCCGCCGACCAGUCCGGACCCGUCAUCAACAAGAAAUUCGUCAGGAGGACCGACUCCCGCUGGCUCGCUACCGACGGAGGGGCUCUGCCUGACCUGCCCCUCGAGACUGUUCCUCGGAGACCAAGCCUGAGGGAGAGUCACCUGGUUUGCAUCGUGGAGAAGCAGCAGCAGCAGGUGAACUAUCGGCCAGGUGAAGGCGGGGAAACGCGGGAGAGCGAAGUCCCACUCAGUCUGUCCAAGAAGGUCGCGCAUGCGAUCAAAUCGCUUGCCAAGAAGGUUUUCAAGUCCUGAGGAGGAUGGGAUUCCCUUCAUGCGAUCGUCUCCUUCCUAAUCUUGGAAUUUAUGCAUCAAACUAUGCGAUUGCUCCUUCGCAAAAUUGCAAUAUCUGAAAUCGUCACCGAACGAUGAGCAAUACUUGCGAUGUCGCCUUCAUGAACUUAUAAUUCCACGUAUUUAUACUAUUUAUAAGUUAUAGGCCAUUGAAACCUACGUUCUGGCGACCCCGUGAACGUGAUCUUGGGAUUUAGUCCUUUAUCACUUAAGAGCUAGAUCCUCAUUACUUAUUGUGAUAUAUUCCCAAAGGGUACUUUGUAAAUAGGUUCUGAUACCAUGGGUCCUUGGGCGUUUCUCUGUGAUAUGUAAAUCUUCUCUUAUUUAAUAUUUGACUUAUGUAUGUAUUUAUUUGAUACUUUAUUUAUGGCUGUUGCCUUCUUGUACAUAAUAAACUAAUGAAAACUGCAUUUCUUAAAU